AUGGAUCAACAACCCGGACCAGUCCAGCAAUCUUCGCCGCCAAAUCUAACGAAUCCUCGCUUUACACUCGAGCUCGAAUUCGUCUCUUCUCUAGCGAACCCCUACUACCUCUCUCACCUGGCGGUCACUUAUCCCAAUCUCCUGGGAAUCUCCAAAUCUGGUGACGAGGGUGAGACCAGCAACGAGUCCUCGGAUCCCGAAGCGAAGGCCUUUGCGGCAUACCUUGCCUACCUCUACUCCUACUGGAAAACCCCAGAGUACGCGCAAUUCUUGACGCAUCCCGGCGCGACACUACGAGCAUUACGACUUCUCCAGGAAGAGACAUUCCGUCGCGACAUUAUUCGUCCGCAGGUGAUUGAGGCUCUGGCAGGAACCGGGGUCGAUGAACAGGGCGCUCAAGAUACCCAGGAAGGGGAGGGAGAGCAGAAGCAGAACAAGGAGGAGGACGCACAGGACGCACAGGAGAAUACGGAAUCGAAAACAUGA